UGCCAGGCUACCGGACGCCAAGAGGCCCGUGGCCAUGACCGCCCGCAGCGGGAAGGAGCCGCUGGACCCGGUGCGGCUGAACCAGCUCCUGAGCGAGCGGGUGCGGAAGGAGCUGCAGUGCCAGAGGCUGUACACGCAGUUCAGCGUGAAUCCGCUCCACCGCGUUCACACCAUCACCAAGAAGCCUAUGUCUUGGCAUGACAAUAUAGAAGAGUCAGCAGAUGCUGAGUUUCUGAAACUUAUUAAUCAUGCAGCACUAGAGCCAACAAAGAAAUAUUCAGAACCACAAACAGAAAGCCAAGAAAUUGGCUGGAACACCACACCUUUGAUACACGUGGAUCGCACUGACUGCAGACUCUACUUCCCACGCCGGAGAACCGAUAUCUCUAAAUAAAUGGCUGCCAUGAGGCACGGUGAG